UGUCAAUCGAUAGAAAACAACACCGAUAUUGUGCCAUGUCGACAUCAUGACAUCUCGCCGGAUCAGCGACGAUGAGAUAGCCAGAAGACAAUCCAGAUUUGAAACGUUACGGACAGAGUACCAAAUAUGUAAGAGGAAGCUUGACAGUAAGUGUGAGGCACUUCUCAUCCUCAGUAAGGAACUAGCACAAUGUGUCAGCGAACGAGAUCAGUUCAAGUUGAUGGCGGAGCAGCUGCAAGAGCGUUACCAGGCUCUCAAAAAGCAGGUGCUUGGAAAAAUGCCUUCAUCUGACCCUAAUGACAACAACCGAUACCCCCAUGUCAAACACCAGGUAACUAAUCCUUUAUAG